AUGGCAGCAUUUCUCUCCCUAACCCUCCUCUUUCUCCUCAUCGCCCACUCCUCGUGUAGCAUCAUCCACGACGCCUGCAAAGCCUCACGUGACCCUCUCCGAUGCCAGGACUGGCUCUCCCUCUCCGGUCACGUGCCUCCCAACGCCACCGCUUUGCAGCUCAUCCAAUCAUCGCUCCAAGCCAUCUCCACCGAUGUCAAAAAGGGCGGAGCAAUGCUCCAAGACAUCCUCGCCUCCUCCGCCGGCAACCCCAACCGCACCGCCGCCGCCCAGAGCUGCCUCGAGAUGGUGCGUUACGCUGAAUACCGAGCCGACCUCGUCGCCCGGGCCCUGCACCGCGGCGAGACCAAGGAGGCGCGCGCCUGGAUGAGCGGCUCGCUCGGGUACAAGUACGACUGCUGGUCGGCGCUCAAGUACGUCAACGACACGUCCCAGGUGGUCAAAACGAUGUCGUUCUUCGAUUCUACCUUGAUCUGCUGCAGCAGCGCCACUCUGGCGAUGCUGGUCAACUAUGAUUUGUAUGGUGAGAAAACCGGUUCUUGGGGCCCGGUCCGGACCGAGCGGGAUGGCUUCUGGGAACCGGUUUCCGGUUCUAAACCCGGUUCCGGUGGUGGCGUGCCGCGGGGGUUGAAGGCUGAUGUGGUGGUGUGCAAGGGCGGAGGCAGGUGCGACUACGACACGGUGCAGAAUGCGGUCGACAGGGCGCCUUCCGGUUCGGAUAAGCGGUUCGUGAUUUGGAUAAAAACCGGGGUUUAUGAGGAGACGGUUUUGGUGGGAUUGGAUAAGAGGAAUGUGUUUUUCUUGGGAGAUGGGAUGGGCAAAACGGUCAUUACCGGGUCGAAAAAUGCUGGCCAGCCCGGGAUGUCCACAUACCGGUCCUUCACUGUUGGAGUUCUUGGAGAUGGAUUCAUGGCAAGUAACAUUACCUUCCAAAACACAGCUGGCCCGAAAACUUAUCAAGCUGUGGCAUUCCGAUCCGACAGCGACCGCUCCAUCAUCGAAAACUGCGAAUUCCUCGGCAAUCAAGACACUCUCUACGCACACAGCAUGCGACAGUACUACAAAUCCUGCCGCAUCCAAGGGAACGUCGACUUCAUCUUCGGUAAUGCAGCCGCAUUCUUCAAGGACUGCCACAUCCUCGUUGCUCCGCGCCAGCAAAAGCCCGAGAAAGGCGAGAAAAAUGCUGUCACGGCCCACGGGAGGACGGACCCUGCCCAGUCAAUAGGGUUCGUCUUCCAAAAUUGUGUGGUCAACGGAACAGAGGCCUACAUGGCUCUGUUCCGCAGCAAUCCGAAGGUGCACACUAAUUUCUUGGGGAGGCCGUGGAAGGCCUACUCGAGGACUGUUUUUAUCUCGUGUGAUUUGGAAGCUAUUGUUACAUCAGAUGGAUGGAUGCCGUGGGACGGGGAUUCUGGGUUGAAGACUUUGUACUAUGGAGAGUACAAGAAUGCCGGAGCCGGAUCGGGCACGUCGGGAAGAGUACGGUGGAGCAGCCAGAUUCCGGCGGAGCAUGUUGCGUCUUAUUCCGUUGGAAAUUUCGUUCAAGGAGAUCAGUGGAUUCAUGGCAUAUAA